CAUCUUCUUCCUUCAUUCUUCUCUCUCAUCCCUCCGGCUCUUCCUCUUUCCCAGCCUUCUUCCUCCUCUUCCAUCCCUUCUUCCUCUUUUUACUUCCUCCUUCGACCUUUUUCUUGUUGUUUCUCUCUCCCCUUUCUUCAUCUUCCUCUUUCCCCUUCCAGAUCUAUGUGGGUUCUCCCUUGAGAACUCAGAUCUCGGUUCUCUCCCUAAGAAAGAACCCAAUUUUCAGUUCUAAGAAAACCAUUCUCCAUGAGAGCCAUGGAUCGAUGAUGGACAUAUCGAUUGAGCCAAGGAUUACGAAGAUUUGAGCCCUUCGACAUUAAUUGCAGGAACCCAGAUCUGGGUUGUUUCCAUACAAGCUAAGUUUUUUUGCUUUCUUUUUCUUUUUUGGUGUGUGUUUGGUUGCCAUGAAAGAUUGGUUCUUUGGGUAUUCACAGAUUCUUAGGAAACAGAAUUACAAACAAUGAAUGGCGUAGGAAUUCUUUGACCUUGGUGAUGAAUUGGAAGGCAGCGUCGCGGUGGAGGAGAGAAUCGAAGGAGGGGAUCCGAGUGGAGUCUGGCUGGACAGGGCAGAUGCAGUGGGAAUCGGGUUUGAGAAAGUUUGGGUCUGUGCUUCCUGGGGAUUUUAGUGAUGAGAAAGGAGGUGGAAAAAGGAAGGUGUUUUGGGAAGUUAGGGUUAAGGUUUAACAGUGGUUUGGAGAAGAUGAGGCGCGGAGCCAUGGAAAUCGGCUAUGGAGUUCGGGUACCGUUUGAGUCAUUAAUUUUGGUAAGAACAAAGAUUUGGGUUGGGCCAGAUCAGGAAGAGAGAAGGUUCGAGAUUAUCAGAUAGAAGGAUGUUGGACAACACUAGUGACCGUGGGUGGUGCCGAUGUGAUGUAGGUAAUUUAUGUGUGAAACCCAGAUUUGAGUUUGAGAAAAACCCAUAUUUGAGUUUGAGAAAAACCCAGAUCUGGGUUUGAGAGAAGAUCUGGAUUUCGAAUGGCCGCAAAAGGCACACCAGGAUCGCGUCACUCAUGCUCUCCGCUUGCUGAGUGAACCAUUCAUCGGUGCCGAGGAAGAAGCCAAGGAAAAAAGAAGGGGCGAAUGGAUGAGAGAGACGAAGGGAGGAAGAAGAAGAUGAAUAAUCUAAUAUUAAAUUAUGUGAGUUUUU